UAUUCUCGCUCCCACAGAGGAAACUCCCAGGACACCAGUAUUGCUGCACGAUGGCAAAACUUCCGCAUCGAAAAGAAGAUUGGCAGGGGUCAGUUCAGCGAGGUGUACCGAGCCACGUACCUGCUGGAGCGCAGGCAGGUCGCUCUGAAGAAGGUCCAGAUAUUUGAGAUGAUGGAUGCAAAAGCGCGUCAGGACUGCAUCAAGGAAAUAGAUCUUCUGAAGCAACUGAACCAUCCCAAUGUGAUCAAGUACCUGGACUCCUUCAUCGAGGACAAUGAGCUGAACAUCGUACUGGAGCUUGCCGACGCUGGUGACCUCUCGCAGAUGAUCAAGUACUUUAAGAAGAAGCGACGCCUCAUUCCGGAAAGGACGAUAUGGAAGUAUUUCGUACAGCUGUGCAGCGCCCUGGAGCACAUGCAUUCCCGGAGGGUUAUGCACAGAGACAUCAAGCCAGCCAACGUGUUCAUCACGGCCACAGGGGAGGUGAAGCUGGGAGACCUGGGCCUGGGCCGCUUCUUCAGCUCCAAGACUACGGCGGCACAUUCCUUAGUGGGGACGCCCUACUACAUGUCUCCCGAAAGGAUCCACGAGAAUGGAUACAACUUCAAAUCUGACAUCUGGUCCUUGGGUUGUCUGCUCUAUGAGAUGGCCGCCCUGCAGAGCCCCUUCUACGGAGACAAGAUGAACCUGGUGUCCCUGUGUCAGAAGAUCGAGCAGUGCAACUACCCCCCACUGCCCGCAGAGCACUACUCCGAGAAGCUGAGGGGUCUGGUGAGCAUGUGCAUCAACCCCGACCCCGACCAGCGGCCCGACAUCGUCUUCGUGCUCCAGAUUGCCAAGCAGACGCACCUGUGGUCCUCCAGCACCUGAGCGCGAGACCGCGAGCGGACCGACGCGAGCCGCCCCCCUCGGCCUGACCUGAGACCGGGUCCCUUUGUCCCGUUUCUGAGAGAGAGACGGGUGAAAGAGUGGCCUGUGCAUUGAGGAGCUUCUCACGCAGCUCCUCUCCGGCACUGCCAUCCAUUAUCUUCUUAUUUUGUUUCUGGUGAAAGCCAAUUAUUUCUAAUCAAGAACUAUGUAGUCAUACAAAGAGUGCGAAGGAGGGUAGCGUGGUGAAAGUGGGAACGACGGGGGGCUGAAAUGUCGCCCCCUGCUGACUGGGAGUACAAACCGUAUGGUUGUUGAUGAUGUUACAGAGGGUCUUUAGUGACAGGAAAACGUGACUUGACUGAACAGCAAGCUUUUAAUGCAAUGUGAAGAUCAUGCAGUGAGGACACUCACUGGAAUUAAGCAUACUAAUUAUGUAUCUCAGAUAUUACAUUACCAAUUAAGGUUUCAUUUUUACAUUUCUAUCGCUAAUGCUCCAUUUAACAGCACUGUAUAUCCAAGCGUCUGGACGUCACUAAAAUGUAAACAUUUUUUCCUGAAA